CGCCGCAAUCGCAAUCAGAAAUAAUGGACAAAAAUGGUGGUCACAUAAAAUUAAAAUGUGGUUAUUUUGUAGAAAAGACUACGUGAAAUUAAACGAAGUUCGCGCACAAACAAGAAACUGACAAACGGAAGAAAUAAAACGGUAAUUUUUACGCUUAAAACUGUUGAUAAAAAUGUGCAAAGUGCCGAUUAGUAAUUUCGCUGUGCCUCGGUAAUUUUUUCCGUGCAACUUUUUCGGCUUAGUGUAAUUUAGUGUAAUAUGGCCCCCCCUUCUCCGGAAAAUGACCACAGUCCCAAAGCGCCCGACAAAAAAACAACGGACGAAACUUCAAAAGAAAAUGACAAGGAUACCAAGACGUUAUCCAAUUUAAAUGAAUUAGAGUUAAAGGCUUUGCUGGAUGAAGCUAUUAAUUAUAAGAAUCCAAAGGACAAGGAAGGCAAAAGUAAACUUUUUAAGAACCUUCUGAGCAAGGCGGUGGAAGAUGAGCGCAAGAAUCGCGCCACCUCAGCAGGCGGGUCAGAGCUAGUGCGAUACUACAACACGACGGCCGCGAGGCGCCACGGCGGGCGCCACGGGCGUCGCAAGCCGUCGGCAAGCGUCUCGGAAAACGUGAUGCACGGCGGAAGUCUGGACAACCUGGCCAAGGAGGAGCUCUACGAGGCCGAGCGACGACACAGGACCAGAAGAAACGUCAGCGCCAGGAUGCGGGAGGGAGGGAGCUUACCCUGUAACGUCAACUCCAGCAUGGCGCCCGCGCAGGGCUACCAAUUUCUAGAAGAGGCUCGUCGCAGCAAGAAGGACAAGGAAUUCACCGCAAUAGACAUGGAGUCGGUUUCUCUUCUAGAAAACGACUCGCUAGCGCAAAACUACCAGACCGAGGCGCCCGCGCAUGAGUCUGCGCAGGCGCUUGGGACCGGGGCGCCCGCCCCGGGCGUCGGUAGCGCCCUCGUCGAGCUGCCCAAGAAGUACACCACCAAGGCGUCUCUGCAAGUCUCCAACGUUGACGAUCCCAUCCAACUUUCGGAUCUGGACGGAAAUUCGGAAAAGAAAAACUACGAUCUAGACACGAUCCAAAGCAACGUGUUGCACAGCAAAUACAGUGUAUAUUUUCCAACCUAUAAACUCGAUGAUUCCAAAGCCUUGAUGUUUUUUCAGAAGGUGGACGAGAAUGGCAACGCGUUGCAGCAAACGAAAACCAAAAAGAAAAAGGCACAGAGCGACAAGAACGUCGUAGUUCUUGCGUCCGAGAAUGUGGAGGGUCACAGGGGGGACAUCAUCAACGACAUACCGAAGCUGGUGGAGUUUAUAGGGGGUGGGGAUGCCCUGCCCAAAAAGUCCAACUUGCACAAGUCCAAGCAGCUUCACAAGCAACACACCGCCGACGAGGCGACUGUCAAAGGCGGUAAGAAACAGAGGGCGCACUCCACCAAAGGUAAGGAAUCGCGCGGCGAGCUGAAGAAGAGCAACUCGCUGGGCGAGAUAUCGACCGCCAAUCUGGAGGAUUUCGAGUUCGACGCCGCCGAAAAUAGCGACGUCGGCAAGGUGGUGCUGAGGGCGGCGAAAAACGGCGGCGGCUCCGACAGGCCGAGGGAGCGGCGUUCCUGGGGAACAGUCGAGCCGCCUCCGUUCCCCGCGCUCUCUGCCAACACGUCGGCCGAGCACCUGGAAAGCUCCGAGAGCUGGAUCGAGACCAAGACGAAGAAGAAGAGCAAGCGGCGCCGCAACUCGGCCUCGUCUUCGGGAGGCGGCGGGCGGCGGCGCGCCGCCGACCGCGGUCCCGGCAGCGACGCCGGCGGCGGCAACAGGUCGCGCACGCGCCGCCUCUCGCCGGAGGCGGGCGGCAAGGCGUGCGCCUCCGUGCCGCACAGCGAGAAGUCCAACGACUCGUCCGACGUCGAUUCGGUCCAUUCUUUACCAAUCGACGGACUAAACGCGCCAAUUUCCUACGCAGACAUCGCGAAGAACAGCGAAAAACUAAAAGACAAAAAACUCACCCCCGAAAAAUCGAACCAAAACCAACAACAGCAACAGAACCACCCCCCUUCAACCGGCGGCGGCGGCUCGCCCGCCGAAAAACAAGUGCCAAACCACCCCCACCACCACCAAAACUCUAUCGCAACCAUCUACACCCAACAGCAACAAAACAACAGCAACGUUAACCGCUCCCCGCAAGCGCCCGCCCCCAAAACGCAAACGGAAAACCACCACCACCCCGCCGAAGAACAACCGCCGGUCAAAACGACCGCCGCCAAAAUCCUGCCGGUCAUCGUGAUGGGGGCGGCGAACGGGGCGGCGGCGGCCGCCCCCGCCCCCAAGAACCCGCCGCCCGACGUGACCAACUUCAAGAGUUUCCCGGCGAUCUGCGGCAAGGGCGCCGCCGCCCCCGCCAACGGCCCCGCCCCCGCGGGGGCGGCGAGGUUGCCGGUAGCGGGCGGGCAGACGUUGGCGUCGAAGGUGAGGAACGGCCCGUCGCCUAGCAACGGCAAGGUGAAGGCGGCGGCGGCCGGUAAAGUCGGGGGCGGUAUUUCGGCGGGGGCGGCCACGAUCGCGCAGGUGGCGGCCCAAGUCAGCCGUCAGAACGACGUCAACAUUCAGAACGACCUGUCGAUAAUCCAGGCGAACGAAAAGGAAAAUAUCCAGUUUAACGCUAGCCGAUUGCCACCUAACAUCCCAGACGUGCAAUCUAUCGAAAAACAUUUCCUUAGCAACGCCGCGCAAGAGCACCAUCAGAGAAACAACCACCACAACAACCUUAACAACCUCAACAACCAAGACAAAUCGCCAUCGUCUUCUUCUACGUCCACUUCUAGCGUUUCGCAGGACGCCGCAAUCGGCUACGAUGUGGACGCAGCCUUAGCGAACGGGGUGUGCGACGCUCCCGCUAGAGGGCGCCGCGACGUCGACGCGGAGGAGGGAGAAAGGUUGGGGGAGGAGGAGGGGGAGCCUGCCGUGGUGAUACUGAGCGGCUCGAACAACAAGGAAGUGCCCGGUUUGGUUUUCGGCUUCGACAUAAACGAGCAGCUGCUCAGCGAGGACGUUUGCGAGAAUUUCGUCGCGCGCUACGCGUUCCCGAAGACGUGCGACGCGCAGCACGACAAGAUCGUCAACUUUAUCGGUUUAGCAUGGGAAUCGGUAGUGAACACGAACGAAAAAGUGUCCUAUUACGUGGAAGGUUUGUAAGUUACGUUAAAAAAAAACAAUAAAACAAAAAACGGACGAAAGUGUGGUGCGCAGGUGUACGCGAAAAAUAAGACAAACCAGACGCGAAAAAAAACAAAAACAAUCGAAAAUAGUUGACGCGAAAAACGAAAAAAUCGUGUAGUGAAUUAAAAAUAAAAAACAACGGCUAGUCAGAAUAAAAAAAUAAAAAUAAAAAGAGAGAAGACUUGAUAUACGGUGUGUUUAGAUGGACAAUAGGUAGGAAAAAAAUUGAAUACGAAAAAAGUGAAAAGUGUGCGAGAAAAAAAAAGAAAACUAUAUGAAAACUGCGCCCCGGGCGCCGAAAUCAGCGGGGCGUCCUGGGACAAAUCGGUUUUUUUCUUUUGUUAUUUAUUGCGUAAGUUGCACUCUGUAACGCGAUUGGUCACUUUACAAAACAAUGCCACGCGAAGAAAAAAUUGUUUAAAAUUUUUUUUCUCCAGUUCUUUCAUAUCAUAAUAUUACUUACACGCAUGUACUUAUUUCUUAAUUAUUUUGCAUGUAAAGUGAUCAUUUAAUUUAUUUUUGAUGUAGACACAAUCGUGGUUUUAAUAUGUCUACGAUUAUAAACUAAAAACCAACAUAUACAUAUGUACAAAGUGUCUAUACUUUAUUACAUGUGUUUUGGGCCUUUUUGGUUAAAUUUAAACUCGAAAAUCCCGACUAAUAAGCAUAGGGGAAAAUAUUUUAACAUAAACGUCAUUUAUAAUUUGUAUACUUCAACGAAUUCGGUUCGAAUGGUAUUUUUCCCAAUUUUUGAUCUUGAUGAUCCCACUUCUGAUGCUUUGUAGUCAGCAAAUCAUUUUCGAUGUAUAAUAUCGCAAAAAAUCAUCUUUAUACACAAAAUGUGUUUCUGAUUUUUUCCUUUUUAAAUUUCCGUCAUUUCAAUCGAAUAUACCGGAUGUAUUUUUUUUAAUUGUGCGAAAAAACCGUUUUUCGACGUGCGUAGAUCAUGUUUUUAGCGAAAUAAAAACGUCUCAAAUAAAUUCUGGGAGCAGCAAAAAUAUUACGACUCCUUAAAAAAAUUCUGGGAGCAGUAAUAUUUUUUGCUGCUCCCAGAAUUUUUUCGAGGAGUCGUAAUAUUUUUGCUGCUCCCAGAAUUUUUUCGAGGAGUCGUAAUAUUUUUUGCUGCUCCCAGAAUUUUUUCGAGGAGUCGUAAUUUUUUUUGCCGCUCCCAGAAUGACGCGAUUUUGUUAAAAACACGAUUUUUAAGGGAGAAAACUGAAUGCGUAUUUUUUUAAUUUAAUUUGCGUGUCAAAAAACGUUUUUUCGUCAAUAUUUUAUUAAUUUGCUUGAAAUGACCGCAAAUCAAUCAAUCAAUAUUAACUCGAUAAUGACGGUUAUCGACAUUAAUAUUUCGAUUAAAAAUUGAAAAAACACAAAAAAAUCCUAAAUGUAACGUUUUUAUUAUGCCUAAUUUUAUAGCGAAUCACAAAAUCGAGAAUUUCAAGCGCUUAAAAAAAAUCACAGGGUAUAAAUUAAAGUUUGGUUACGUCAUCAACUUAUACAUUAUUGAAAAGGUUUAGAUUUAAAAAAAAAUGUUUUUUGUACAUAAAUGUAAGAGCGGUUGAAAUUCUUGAAAGUACGCAGAAACACAUUGACUCAUACGUAAUAAAAAAGCUCAGGUUGCAAAAUGGUUUUUUGGUUUAUUUAAUCUAAUAAUAAAUUUUACAAAAAUUUGUUUUUAUCAAAGGUUUAUUUUAUUGUAUUGAAAUUUUGAGCUUUUUAAUGUUUACCUUUCAACCUGAGCCGAAAUAAAUCAGUGUAACAUAGAUAUCAAAAAAGUAAGUAAAACUUAUUUAUUGAAUGUAAGGAUUAAUUAUUAACUUGGUAAAUUUUUCACGCUUUAACGUUUUUUAAAAUUGAAAACGUUAAAUCCUGAAAAUCGCCUUUAUACAUAUAAAUGUAAAAUAGUUGUAAUAUUAAAAAAAAAGCUAAGUCAUGUUUUAGUUUUUAAUAAUAAUGGCUAUAAUAGUUAUUUUUGAAAAAAAAAUAGACAGUUAGAGGGAAAUUGUCGCCUAGAUUUUAUACCAGUAUUUUUUUCCGAGUAAAAUUCAUUGCAACAGGUUAAAAUUGAACUGGUUUCUACAAAGAAAAUUUAAAGGCCACCAAACGAAAAAAUUAAUUAAUUUUAUUGAACGUCACAUCCAAUUUUACGGUUUAUUUUAUCGCUUUUAAAUUUUUUAAGGAAAUCAGUGUAAGUAAACAUAAAAACUAUUAUUAUUAUGUUGUUAUUUUUUGUUAUAUUUUGGUUAUUUUAUUCGCAAAGUUUAUGUAAUUAUAUUUUGUAUGAUAAAAUAAUUGUACCAUGUGAUUUCUUUCACUGUAAUUUUACUGGGUCACAUUAUUAAUUUUUUUCAUUGAGUGUUUCAGAAACACAACCGUUUUUCGUUCAUUAAUUUUCGGGUAUUUUUGCAACUACAAAUGAUUUUGAAUUGUUAUAUUUUUAAAUGAAAAGUAAGUUAAUUGCUUUCAAUAAAACGAUUAUUU